AAUACCAAGCGGGAAGAAUGAUCAGUAUAGGAGAAGACUGUGGUUGAAACAGAUCAAAAGGAGAGAUAUAUUGACAACAAGAAAAGCUUUCCUAUGCCAGAAAUGUAGAAUUUUACAAAAUGCCGAGGUGUUGUAGUGUCGGUGGCUGUAGAACAAAUUAUAGAAGUGAAAAGAAAACUUUUUCUACCUUUUGUUUACCAAAAGAGCCACUGAGAAGUAUUUGGCUGCAAAAAAUUCCUACGGAUCUGUCUGGAUUAAAAAACCCUAUAAUAUGUAUAAAACAUUUUGACGAGUCGAGCAUUAUUAGAAUUGACAAAUGCCUAGUGAAAGGUCAGUUAAAAGAAUUUCCCAGAAAAAUUCCGAAAUUAAAAGAAGGAGCCAUUCCGACAAUUUUUCCAAAUAUAUCUAAUUAUUUAAGUAGUGAAAAGAAUACAUGUAAAAGACUUGAAGAUGUAGGGGAGAGAAAUCUUCGAGAAGCAAAAAAACACAGGAAUCUUUUGAAGUAUGAAAAAUACAAAGAAGAUAGGACGAUUACAUAUCCUCAAGAUGUUGCAGCACAUUACAAAAAAUGUAGAAUUUUACAAAAUGCCGAGGUGUUGUAGUGUCGGUGGCUGUAGAACAAAUUAUAGAAGUGAAAAGAAAACUUUUUCUACCUUUUGUUUACCAAAAGAGCCACUGAGAAGUAUUUGGCUGCAAAAAAUUCCUACGGAUCUGUCUGGAUUAAAAAACCCUAUAAUAUGUAUAAAACAUUUUGACGAGUCGAGCAUUAUUAGAAUUGACAAAUGCCUAGUGAAAGGUCAGUUAAAAGAAUUUCCCAGAAAAAUUCCGAAAUUAAAAGAAGGAGCCAUUCCGACAAUUUUUCCAAAUAUAUCUAAUUAUUUAAGUAGUGAAAAGAAUACAUGUAAAAGACUUGAAGAUGUAGGGGAGAGAAAUCUUCGAGAAGCAAAAAAACACAGGAAUCUUUUGAAGUAUGAAAAAUACAAAGAAGAUAGGACGAUUACAUAUCCUCAAGAUGUUGCAGCACAUUACAAAGCACAUUUUGAUGCUGAUCAGUUUGAAAAGAAAAUUCCCAAUAAAUUAAAACCGAAUGCAAUACCAACUCUCUUUCCUCACACAAAACAAAAGAAACCUAGAGAGUACACGUGGAAAGAAAAUCCUUCUUCCAAGUCUGUCGAUUUGGAUCAUGCCUACGCUCGGAGACUUUCUUUCCAGAAAUCAUCAGCAUCUUCAGAUCUUCACAAUCAUGCGCUUAAUGUCAAGGAAGAAUCUGAGCCUGCGGCCUACAAUAAUAAUUCCAAGAUUGUUCAAGACUUAAAGUUUAAGGAUACGAGUGAAAUGAUUGAAGAGAGAGAGAGAUUUAAUUCUGCUGAAAAGGAACAAAACAGUAAUGAUGAAGAUUAUAGUGCAGAAUAUCUACACUUCUCUGAUGAUGUGGGAAAUCUUCAAAGUAAUAAUUCAAAUCAUAGAGAAACUAGAAUUUCUUACUAUGAUUUUUCAGAUACGCCUAAUGCUAAAACUUCACAAACGUCGCAAAAUAUGAAGGCUCUUAAUUAUAACAACAGCAGCAGUGUUGAUUGGCAGAAUUAUUUUUCUUUUGAUGAAAAUAGUUUUGAGUCAUACGAAAAUGAGGAGUUUUGCGAAAAUGAUGACACUACUUCAGAGUCGGACAGUCUAGAAUAUGUAUUCAAAGAAAAUGGAACCGAAAAAGGUAAAUAUAAUUCAGAAGUUUGUAUAAUGAAUUAAAUCUGUUUUGUUUAAAAGUUUCUAAACUUCUUCUCAAAAGAUUGAGUGUAAUUUUGGCUAUAACAAAUAUGUAACAUGAUCUUUAACUUCUUUCUUAAUUUCAUUCCAUCAUUUUGAGAAAAUGCUGUGCAUUUAUAGAGGUCCUCUUUUUAUAUUUAAUUGUAUAAAAUAUUUUUUGAACCUUUGGUAGUUUAUCAUAAGACCCUCUAAAAACGUGUUCCAACAAAAGAAUGUCUAUUUAGGCAUUUUUCCCUGUUAACGAUUUGAUAAACUUCUGUGUGAGGAAUAAAAUUUCAUCAGUUUUAUGGCCGUAUUCUAUAAACUGAGUUAAACAGAGUUGAUGAACCAG